GAUCAUUGUGGCUAACAUUAGCAUUUUCGCUCCCGUCAUCAAUCACCAACAACUUGUUCUUGAGCUUCCAUCGAUAAGAACUCUCCAGCUCCACAAAUACACCAUUCCUGUUGUAACAUUAUUCAAUUCAGCCUCCUUGUUGUGAGCUUAUCAAUCACAACAACUCCAUACUUGUCCACUUUUUCCAUUUUGUGUUCCCCUCCCGUUGCCUUCAAAAUCAGUUCAAGAUGAGCCUCAUUAAUUCGAACCUCCAAAACUUGAUUCAUCAGGCUAGAGCAGCUUCUGAGGCGUCUGCAAGCACGCCCAGAGGCGUGGAAUGGGGGGACCAAGGGGAGCAACCUGCUCAGAAUCAUUCUGUGCCAUUCCUCAAUGGUUUGAUCAACCCCUGGAACCUUCAUCCCUUGCUUCCAGGGCAGCAAGCCUGGAUGCAAGCCUUCCACGGUUUGCAGUUCAAGGUCCUCAUGGAAUAUUUCAUGACACAAUAUGGAGCCUCCCGGAAUCCCAUCAUUCCCCCCAUUGCUCAGACUCGAUCAGAGCAUCAAAGAGAGGACUUGGGCGGACAAUUGCUGCCUGACCCAAAUGUUUCCACUGAAUUAGUCCCUGCUCCUGAGGCGCCCCUGGAACCUGUUGUCCAAGACGAGGAAAUGUCCAUUGUGGUGGGCCAACGACGAGCCAGAAGAAAGUGCCCGGGCAGUCUUGUUUUUUACUUAGUGAAUGAGCAAAACGAAAUUGUUGUGGACGAAAAGACAAAAAAGCCCACCGCAAUAUGUUUUAAAUGUCGAAAAGCUUUUGGGGACGAAAAUUCCAUCUAUCGCCAUAUGAAGAUCCACGACAAAACGAGCCGUCAUCAGUGCCCUCUAUGUCCUGGCAUUCACGUUCAAAGAUACAACUUGAGGAUCCACAUGGAGACACAUAUUGGCAUGGACGUGAGCCAGGAGAUAAUGGAUACUCUGCCCUCGGAAUUCAGAGGCGUGCUCGAAGGGGAUCCCGAUAUCAUUGCCCCCGAGAAGUAUCGGAAGAAACUUGUGAGGGCUUUGCGGAAAAGGAUCAAGACCGCGAAUUGUCAUGAAGUUGUCCAAAACCUCCAAACCAAGCUUUUGUCAUUGGAACACGGGAUUGCAUGAUAAUAAAAUGAUUUGAACUGUUGCUGCCUUUGUCCGUACGAUUUAUAAUCACGAAAAUGUUCAAUGAUAGCCAGGUUUCAUUGGACUCAAGAUCAAGUGGUAAAUAGGACCCGAUGUGUCUAUAUGGUAAUAA